AUUUAAAAAAAAUAUUUUUCGGCAAUCAAGUCAACCAGAUACGAAAGAUGGCGGAUGACAAAGGAAAGUGCGAUUUACCUUUGUCGCGAGUUAGGACUAUCAUGAAAAGCUCGCCUGAUGUUAGCAGCAUAAAUCAAGAAGCUCUUUUUCUAGCUGCAAAAGCUACGGAGAUGUUUAUUCAGAGUAUGGCGCAGGUCUCCCUGGAACAGAGCACCGACAGAAACCAGCUCCGGUACAACGAUCUGGCUGAUAUAGUCGACAGCAUUGACACUCUGCAGUUCCUACAAGAUAUAAUCCCUAAGAAGAUCAAAGCCAGUGAAUAUUUUGAAAUAAUAAAAAAAUGGGAAGCAGAAAAUGGAAACGACAGUGACUCUUGAAUGAAGCUUGUUGAAUGUAUUGAGUGUAACCAGUGACUCUUGAAUGAAGCUUGUUGAAUGUAUUGAGUGUAACCACAAAUUGGGCCUCCAUCUGAGACAACGCUGUUUAUUGCGUGUGCAUAAAGUUUCAACCCGGAUUAGCCUGUGCAGUCUGCUUUUAUUGUACUUUUGUUCAGACGAAGUCUCUUCUUUGCAAAAAUCCAGUUCAGAUGGAGGUGUAUGCUAAUCUGGGACGACACAUUUCGCACAUAAAUUAAGCCCCAUUUUCCCAUGUUCCAGAGAUAAUAAGACACAGUGAGAGUCUGGUAUUUUUAAUCCCCCGCCAUUGGUGGAGGGAUAUUGUUUUGGCCUUGUCCGUCUUUCUGUCCGUACUUUUGUCUGUCCGGAGCCAUAUCUUGGAAGUGCUUUGACGGAUUUCAUUGAAAUUGGGUAUGAGUAUAUAUAUGGAUACUGGGAUGAUGCACGCCAAAUGGCAUUGUACACCAUCUGUUAAUAAUGGAGUUAUGGCCCUUUGUACCUUGAAAAAAUGCUUUUUUGAGUGUCAAAUAUAACACUUUUGUGUCCAGAAGCAUAUUGGCAGGGGAUAUCAAUCCAAUAUGUUUGUACUUAUAAUGAUAUAAACAGUAUGCAUCAUCAUACAUAUAUAUGUGAAUAUAACCUACUAUGAGAUAUUUGUGUAUGUGUUUUACACAUCUAUUUAUUAUGCCCAGUAAAGUUAUGACCUUUCGUCUAUUGCUACAGUCGUUUUUAUUCAGCAUUGGUCUGAGAAAACAGGGCUUAAUGCAUUUGUAGAAUGCCUCGUCCAAAACUACGGACAACAGUUUCCACUAUUAUUUUCAUUUAAAGAAAGUCUCUGGCUGUCCCGGUCAGCGCAAUGUUUAGUUCACAAGCCUCUCAUCUAAGCAUCCGGUGUUUAGGCCGCAUUCCAAGAAGCAUGUUAGUUUAAUUGUUGGUCACAAUACCAGAAGGGUGGGGUUUCCUCCGAAUACUCCAGCUUCCCCCCACAAAACAAUAGCGAUUGAAAUUCUUUCAGUAACAACUAAGUAGCUGAAAAUUGCAGCUUAAAUACAAAAUGUUCCAGUAUUCCAUCUUUUUGUGAAUCUAUUAAGUUGAUAAGGAAGGAGUUUUUGGACUCACUCUGGGUUCACACAUAAUGCAGCCUCAGGCAUGGAAGGACCUCGUAAACUUUGAAAUACACACACCCCACAAAAGAGGUCCAUUCCUAGGGAACCUCCACUUUAUGCAGAAAGUGUGGUCCCUGAUACAGGCUUAUCUGGGACGACAUUUUAGGCACAUCUUCAUAAUGAUCAGAUUCGUCAGAAAAGUCCAUAAUUUAACAUAAAAGUAUUGAUAUAAUAGCAAAGCAGUUGAUCGUCUCGGCUGAAAUAACGCUGUAAAUAUUGCGGAUGUACAGCUCUGACCUUACAGCAAGGGAGGUAAGUCAGUCAAACUUUUGGAAAACGGUGCGUUAUUGGGAGCUUUACCUGGUGAUUUAUGGCUUAAGGCGUAACGCUAAAUUAUUGCAAAUAUGUUUAUUCCGCAUUUUAAACAUUUAUCUUUGAUAUUAUAAAGUUUUCAAAAGGGUUAAAAUUGACCUUUAAGCCCUGUUUUCCCAGAUUGCAGUUCAUUGAUAUUCAAAUUCAAACAUUAUCAAUACAAUGUUGUACAUUCCAACUCCAAUACAUUGUGCUGCGUCAAGUUUUACCAUGGAACACACUGUUCUAUUCAAUAAUUUAUUACAUGUAAAUUAAAUAUGUCGAUGUGUAAGACCAUUCACUGAAAAGUAUUUUCAAUGGCAGAAUCUCAUGUCACCUAGCAGUACAAGUCACUUAAAAUGGACAUGUGUGUAGUUUUGAUUUUUUAUUUACAAUAACCUAUCCCAGUGCAGAUUUCAGAACUUAAAAACCUUUUAUUUUAAGCUGAUAUAUAAUGUUACAUAUUGUUGUAUUAUAUAUUGUCAGAAAAGAUGAUAAUGCAUUGGAACUGUCAGAGGCAAAGUUUCACCAUCAUUUUUGUGUUUUCCUGCAAUUUUGCAAGUUGCACAUAUCAGCUGUUAAAGACCAAACAAGUAUGAAGCACUACAUGUGUAUUGUUUUACCAUUUUGUGUGAAUUGGAAAUAGUCUUCAAUAUUAAAUUAAUAAACUUUA